UUCAAUGGGCUACCUGUAGAGGCCCCCGGCGCUGCGCAUAAAUACUCCUCCCUCUGAGGAUGAGUUCAGUCCUGAGCGAGAGAUCAGACACGAAGUUAGGUUUUGGGAAUCUGGUUAGGGCGGAUUAUGAACGCUUUUGGACACCAACCAUCUAACCAGCAGACCAGCCCUAUUCAGCACCACAGCGCUCAGGAGCUCCUGGACAUGGCCGUGUACUGCGACAACUACGGGGUGUACCAACAGAACCUCCACCAUCAUCACUCUCAAAGGCCGCAGACGCACCCCACUAGCUACGGCCUCGGAGAGUACACCUCACCGUCCACGAACCCGUACCUAUGGCUGAACGGACCCAGCAUCAACUCCUCUCCUUAUCUUCCCGGGAACAACGGCACGUCCUACAUUCAGUCCGGAUACGGGUCGAACCAAAGGCAGUUCUUACCUCCUCCCACCGGGUUUGGUGGAGCAGACCUGGGUUGGUUGUCCAUAUCCAGCCAGCAGGAACUCUUCAAGAUGGUCAGACCACCUUACUCCUACUCAGCGCUGAUAGCGAUGGCCAUACAGAACGCCCAAGACAAAAAGUUGACUCUGAGUCAGAUCUAUCAGUAUGUGGCUGACAACUUCCCUUUCUACAAGAAGAGUAAAGCUGGAUGGCAGAAUUCAAUCCGCCACAACCUGUCACUGAACGACUGUUUCAAAAAAGUGGCACGGGAUGAGGAUGACCCUGGUAAAGGAAACUACUGGACGCUGGACCCCAACUGUGAGAAGAUGUUCGAUAACGGGAACUUCAGGAGGAAGAGAAAAAGAAGAGCAGACAUAAGCGGAGCUGACAGCACAGCUCUCCCGGUCAAGUCUGAAGACGGCCCGCACAAGCUCUCCGACACCGCCAGCCUCCUGAGUUCCUCCCCGCCCAGCCUGCACGGAUCCCCGGCCUCCACGGAGCCCAAAUCGUCCCCUUCUCCACCCGCGGAGCACAGCCCGUGUUACAACAGUUUCGUGUCCAGCGUGAACUCGUUGCUGGCGGGCAACACCGAAGGCUCCAGGGCCGGUGAGCGGGACUACGGCUCCGGGCAUCUCGGGGGACUGUCUCAGACCAGAGAGGGCAUGUCCGGACUGGGCUCCUACUCGCCCACUUUAAUCUCUCCUCUGAACUCUGACAACAACAGAAUGAACUAUUACACAUCAGUACAGAGCCUCUCCAACCAUUUUAGUGUUAAUAACCUCAUAUACAGCCGGGAAGGAACAGAGGUGUAGACUGUCUGUCAGUGUCAGUGUCAGGCUGCUUCAUGAAAAAGUAAUUUAUCAGCCAUGUUUCUGUACUGUUUUGACUUAUUACUCAUGUUCUGAUGUAGCUGAUUUUUCAUUUUUAAAAGUAGCACUGGACCCGAACUGGUAUUUCUUGUCCACAAUCACUUUUCAUCAUGGUUCCUCCAUCUUUGGUUUGUCCAGAAAAUUCAUAGACUUACAAAUCAGCUCACUGUUGGCAACGUAUUUUAUUUUUUCAUAUUUUUAUUCUGUUUUUUUGCGAAAUACUUAUUGUAGUUGCUCGGUUGGGCUGACUCCCUGUCUUUAAAGAAGAAGACAAUAUGUACAGAAAUUAUUUUCAUAAGAAAAUACGUGACAUGUAUUUUAGACUGAAUUGUGUUUGCUGUUUUUUGUUUUUUUUAUUUAAA